AAAUUGUGCGUAUCAUUAUUAUUAUUUAACUGUGCAGUCAGUUGUCAUUUUCUCAAUUACUCUUACUCAGUUCAGUUUCAAUCAGAUCCUUAAGUUCCAACCCCAACAGACUCGGCGUGUUGUGUUUGAUGAUAAAUAUUAUUAAAAAAUUUCGUUUAUUUUACGAUUAAGUUUUAAUAUUUUUUCCCGUAUCCUGUUUGUGGUUAUAGUUAUUGUUUUCUUAAUCGUUUUUUUACUUGACCGAAAUUUACUAUACAUAAUUAAACUCGAUACUUUUUCGUAAGACGUUCUUCCUUGUUGCAGACCAUCAAUAAGAAGGUUCACGCGUGUAAAUUACAUUCGGCGUCAUCGUCGGUUGUACCCUACCGUGUUGUCUGUGGUAUCUUAGCUGGAAACAUGUUAAGUGAAGAAGCAGAGAUGUCCUUGAUUAACGUAAAGUUACGUUUGGGUACAGUGACUAUGUACACUGAAAAAGUGUACCUAGAUUUGCAGUCGAAUGUAAGUGUAUUAAGACAAAAAAUUUGUCAAAAGGAUAACACACUUACCAAAGAUAAUUUUAUAAUGGUUUAUUGCGGAAAUGUUAUGGAAGACUCUGUUCCUAUUUAUAUGUAUGAUAUUAUUAACGGAGCUACGGUGCAUUUGUUCAAAAAAAUGAGUGUUGAAAAGCCAGAACCUCCAAAAGCUAUUGAUAUCACCAAUGCAGGAUUGGUGAAACUAGGUGUAGCUUUUCGUUCACUCUCAUUAAAUAUAUCGUACAAAUGUGCAUUAAUGAAAAUUAAUAAGACUAAAUUGAUAAAUGAUCUAAUCUUGAAUACUCCUCAACUGAAUGAAGAUCCUGUAGCAAUUACUUUUUUACAACAUUCUGAAUUAUUAGUAAAACUCAAUGAUGUUAACAUGGUGAAAGAAAUUGCGGAAAAGCAUCCCGCUUUGGCAUUAGCUGCUUUGCAAAUUUCUACAGUUGUUCAUGAACAAGUUGUGCAGAACCACUUGGCAUCAGAUGUUUUGACCAGAUCUAUAUCUGCUGGCAGUGAUGAAGAUAUGGAAGAUUUAGAUGAUUCAUCUCCUGGAUCAGAUACUAAUAGUCAACCAAUGAAUAGAAACUUACCUUUUGCCAUCACUGCCGCACAGUUAGCAACAGCUAUUGCAAACGUGACGACACAGCAACCACAGCCAAGUACUAGUGGUGCAAGUACAUCAACUGGAAAUACAGGAAAUGUGCUGAUGACUAUGCCUCCUAAUACUAAUCAAAGUCAACCAACUACACCUUCAGUUGAUUAUUCACAUCAAUUAGGAAUAAUGAGAGAAAUGGGUCUGUACAAUGAAUCUUUAAACCUACAAGGAUUACGAUUAGGGGGCGGUCACCUAGAAACUGCUAUUGAAUUAGUAUUAAGUGGUUUUGAUAUUUCAGAUACAGAUAAUGCAUAGUCCCUAUUUUAAUAUUAUAAAAUAAUGUAUUAUAACAAUUAAAAAAAUAAUCAAUGAUUCUAUUAAUGUUUAGUUAUUAUUUUUGAUUUUGAUUCGUGAUUAAAAUUUGUUAAUAUUCAUUUUUUAAGACAAAUAAAAUAUGAUUAAAUUACAUAAUAUUAUGUAAUAUUUAUUGGAUUUAAGUAUAAAUAUCAGCUUUGAAAUGAUUUAAUUUAGUAUUUGUAUAAUUUAAACAAAAUAUUAAUUUUCAUUCGACUUAUGUGACAUGUUUCCAGCUAAGAUUACAUUAAUGUGUUAUGUGUGUGGUACCACAAACUAUCAAUACUAUUAGAUUAAUAACUUUGUUAUUUAUUUAUUUAUACUACAUAAUAUCUAAAUAUAUUAAAUGGAUGUAUUAUAUUGUCUAUUAGAAAAUAAUAUUUGCAACAAAAAAAUUUAAACAAUAAUUGUAUUUCUACACCCUGUCUCAAAUAAAAAUAAUCAGUCGGCUGAUCAA